AUGCCACCUCGAACAAAAGCUCAAGGAUCAGGCUUGGGUAAAGCCUUGAUCAAUCGAAAGGCGAAGGAAGCUGUUGCACCUAAGGAAUCUCAGCUGUACACUCUGGACGAGUCCAACCCUUUGCAAUCCAUCACUCACGAGAGGGAUUUAGAUAAUUUCCUGGCCAAUGCCGCUUUGGCAGAUCAUGAUUUCACUACUGAACGAUCGAAGAUGAGAAUAAUAAGUGGUCCAAAUAUGCCUGCACCAACGACGAAUCCAUUUUUACUUUCUGCUCAGGAGGAGAAGGAAGUGGUUAAAAAGAAGAGCGAUUUGGCACAUAGUUUGAAAGUACCUAGAAGACCCCAUUGGACGAGGAAAAUGACUAGGUUGGAUUUGGAGAGACAAGAGAGAGAUUCGUUCUUAGACUGGCGAAGGGAGUUGGCUCAAUUAGCAGAAAGCUCGGCAUUGUUGAUGACACCCUUCGAGAGGAAUAUCCAACUGUGGCGACAAUUAUGGAGAGUCUUGGAGAGAUCUCAUCUAGUAGUCCAAAUUGUGGAUGCUAGAAAUCCCUUAGGAUUCAGAUGUGCCGAUUUAGAAGACUAUGUUCAGGAGAUCGGAAGUGAUGAGAAUGAUGAGGAGAUCACGGUACCCGGUAAAGGGAAAAGGAAGAGUUUAUUGUUGAUUAAUAAAGCGGAUUUGUUAACUUAUGAUCAAAGGUGUCAAUGGGCAGAUUACUUCGAGAAGAACCGCAUAUCAUAUGCCUUCUUCUCGGCUGCUAAUGCCGCUGCACUGCAGGAACAAGCUGAAAGGCAAAGACAGAGACAAGCGGGAGAGUAUCCUCCUGAACAACAAGAAGAUAGCGAAGAUGAAGAUGAAGAUGAGCAGGACGAGUACGUAUCCGGUGAAGAAGUUGACCCUCAAAGUGAAGAAGAUGACGAAGAGGAGGAGGAAGAGGAAAAGAAUCGAAUAGACAACGAAUUAGCUGAGCAGGUGGAGCAGACCAAACUUGAUGGCGAAUAUGAAGAAGGAUGGUCAACAGAAGGCGAAGAUGAGAAUGAUGAUUUGGCUCCUGAAGGCGAACUCGAAGAGAAACUUGCUCAAGGCGAGAAAGUACCUUUGGAAGAAGUAGCUCGUGAUGUCGCUGCCAAGUAUGGUGGACCCCCUGAAGGUGAAGAAGAGGAUAUCAGAACUAGGGUAUUGUCAGUGACUGAGUUGGAAGAUCUGUUCAUGAACUCUGCUCCAGAUAUCAAAGAAUUCGCUACCCCACAAAAUCCUAACCCCACCAAACUUAUGGUUGGUUUAGUCGGAUAUCCCAACGUCGGUAAAUCAUCUACUAUCAAUGCUCUGCUCGGUGCGAAGAAAGUGUCCGUCUCAGCUACACCAGGUAAAACGAAACAUUUCCAAACUCUUGUCCUAUCAGAUACAGUCACUCUGUGCGAUUGUCCCGGUUUGGUCUUCCCUCAAUUCGCCAAUACACAGGCGGAUAUGGUUGUAGAUGGUGUGUUGCCGAUCGAUCAAAUGAGAGAAUAUUCCGCUCCGGCAGAUUUGAUUUGUAGACGAAUACCCCGAGAGAUCAUUGAGGGUACUUAUGGAAUCAGGAUCGAUGUGAAAGGUGUGGAAGACGGUGGAACGGGUCAAGUGGGUUGGGAAGACUUCUUAUCUACCUAUGCUAUCGCAAGAGGUAUGACGAGAUCAUCAUUCGGUAUGCCGGAUACUUCCAGAGCAGCAAGGGUGGUAUUGAAAGAUUACGUUAAUGCGAAAUUACUUUACGCUCACCCACCACCUGGAAUCGACGCUGAUGAAUUUAUGAAGACAUCUCGGGAUUUGACUUUGGCCAAAUUGGAAGAAGCAUAUGAGAAUGGAAGGAAGAGAGCUCCUGUAACUCACGUAUCGAAGAAUGCCGACACGUAUGUUCAACCUGCUGGAUCGGCUGGUACAGCGGGUGUAGAACAAGUAGCUACGACAGAGAGGGAAAGACAAUUUACGAAUAGGCAGAUAAAAGCUAAUGCUGCUAGUGCACCUAUGAGAACGGGGAAGGAGAAAGCUCAAGCGUUAGAUAAUGUCUAUUUCAAUGAGUCGGGUGCUCAACCUCGUUUGGUGGUUAAAGGGAGGAAUCAGAAAUUAGAUGUUCCUGAACCAUCGACUGGGCAAUCAUAUGCUAGAUCUACACAGUAUCCCCAUCAAAGGAUGUUAGGUCCUGAUGGGAUGCCAAUGGUUGGCUCUAAUACUAGAGAAGUAGGGGGAGGGAAUGGUAAGAAACAUUUCAAGAGGAAAGAAGGGAAGAAGAGGUCGGGUAGAGGAUAUGAUUAG